CCAUUUAAUGGGCCACCAAGGCCGAGAAGAUUAUGAGUAGUGUGAAGUAAAAAGCUGAAUCUUAUGGAGAGAGCAUCUCAACUCCGGUGCAGCCACAUUGUGUUUCCCUCUAAAAAAAUUAAACUUCAUUCCUGUAAUUCAUCAACACAAUGUCCACACACAAAAAGAAGACUAGAAAGUUGAGAGGGCAUGUAAGCCAUGGUCAUGGCAGAAUUGGUAAGCACCGCAAGCAUCCAGGUGGUCGAGGUAAUGCUGGUGGUAUGCAUCAUCACAGAAUAAACUUUGACAAAUACCAUCCUGGUUAUUUUGGUAAAGUAGGUAUGAGGAAUUUCCAUUUGAAAAAGAACCAGAAGUUUAUGCCUACUGUCAACAUAGAUAAAUUGUGGUCGCUUGUAACUGAAAAGACCAGAGAAACAUACAAAGAUCAUCCUGAGGGCAAAGCUCCAGUUAUUGAUGUUGUUAAUUCUGGUUACUACAAAGUUCUGGGUAAAGGCAGGCUUCCAAAACAACCUCUUAUAGUGAAAGCAAGGUGGUUUAGUAAAGAGGCAGAAAAGAAGAUUAAAGCUGUUGGUGGUGCAUGUAUUUUAACAGCAUAAGUGUAAAAAUAAAAAAAAAAUUGUAAAUUA